AUGUCUGUUCUCCCUGCCGAGGUGCAGGGAGCCUUGACUCAACUCCUCCAAGCCCUGACAACGUCCGACAAUACUAUCCGCUCACAAGCCGAAGAACAAUUAAACAAUGACUGGACUCCCAAUCGCCCAGAUAUCCUGCUCAUGGGUCUGGUCGAACAAAUACAGGCCGCCCCAGAACCUUCGACACGAUCUUUUGCCGCUGUUCUCUUUCGCAAACAAUCCUCAAAGACACGAAAGGUUCCGGCCACUGGCGAGUCCAAAGAACUCUUCCUCACCCUGAGUAGCGAAGCCCGAGGCGCUAUCCGCUCCAAGUUGUUGGAAGGUCUGGUCAGGGAGCAGGUCAACUCGGUCAGGAACAAAGUCGGAGAUGCAAUUGCCGAAAUCGCCAGACAAUAUCUUGAUAAUGGCGAUGUCUGGAUGGAACUACUCAGUUCCCUCUUCCAAGCAAGCCAGUCUAAUGAUGCUGGGAUGCGCGAGUGUGCCUUCAGAAUCUUUGCGACCAUGCCUGGCAUCAUUGAAAAGCAACACGAAAGCGCGGUCCAAGAAGUCUUUGGCAAGGGAUUUAAAGACAGUAGCGUCGAUGUCCGUCUGGCUGCAAUCGAAGCUUUUGGUUCCUUCUUCCAUUCAAUCACCAAGAAGACGCAACCAAAGUACUACACCCUGAUUCCCGACAUCUUGAACAUUCUUCCCCCUUUGAAAGAAGCGGGCGAUACCGAUAAUUUAUCAAAGGCAUUCAAUUCCUUGAUCGAACUUGCCGAGGCCGCUCCAAAAAUGUUUAAGAACCUUUUCAGCAAUCUCGUCAAGUUUACCAUUUCGGUCAUUCAAGAAAAGGACAUCGACAACCAAUGCCGUCAAAACGCCUUGGAGCUCAUGGCCACCUUUGCAGAGUGGGCUCCAGUCAUGUGUAAAAAGGACCCAACCUACACCACAGAUAUGGUCACUCAAUGCUUGAGCCUGAUGACCGAUGUUGGUGCGGAUGAUGACGAUGCGUCCGAGUGGAACGCCACCGAGGAUCUGGAUGCAGAGGAAAGUGAUCUCAAUCAUAUUGCAGGUGAACAAUGUAUGGAUCGUCUCGCCAAUAAGCUUGGUGGCGACAUCAUACUUCCUGCAACAUUCACCUGGCUUCCACGCAUGAUGCAUUCGGCCUCGUGGCGCGAUCGACAUGCAGCCUUGAUGGCCAUCUCUGCGAUCUCUGAAGGCUGUCGAGAUCUCAUGAUCGGUGAAUUGGAUAAAGUCCUUGAAUUGGUGGUUCCCUCACUCAGAGACCCGCAUCCCCGUGUUCGCUUCGCUGGCUGCAACGCCCUGGGCCAGAUGAGUACAGAUUUUGCCGGACCCGUCCAGGAAAAGUACCACCAGGUUGUGCUUAGCAACAUAAUUCCUGUUCUGGAUGCUCCUGAGCCUCGAGUUCAGGCUCACGCUGCUGCUGCUCUCGUCAACUUCUGUGAAGAAGCAGAGAAGUCAAUCCUCGAACCAUACCUGGAUCAACUUCUGAGUCAUCUAUUGCAACUUUUACAGUCUCCCAAACGUUAUGUGCAAGAGCAAGCUUUGUCGACGAUCGCUACAAUUGCUGAUUCUGCCGAAAGUGCCUUUGUCCGCUAUUACGAUACUCUUAUGCCACUUCUGUUUAGUGUUUUGCAAUCGGAACAAUCCAAGGAGUACAGAUUGUUGCGCGCAAAGGCCAUGGAAUGCGCAACCCUGAUUGCGCUAGCGGUCGGAAAGGAGAAGAUGGGCCAAGACGGCAUCAAUCUCGUGCAGACUUUAGGUAACAUUCAAGGAAGCAUUACUGACGAUGACGACCCACAAGCUCAGUACCUCCUCCACUGCUGGGGAAGAAUGUGCCGUGUCCUGGGUAACGAUUUCGUACCUUACCUUCCGGGAGUCAUGCCUCCUCUUCUCGAGCUCGCUUCCGCCAAAGCCGAUAUUCAACUCAUUGAUAAUGAGGAGGAUGCUCUUGAGCAGGAAGAUGGCUGGGAGCUGGUACCAUUGAAAGGCAAAGUCAUUGGGAUCAAGACAUCCACUCUCGAAGACAAGAACACUGCCAUCGAAUUAAUCACCAUUUAUGCCCAGAUCUUGGAAGAAAAUUUUGCCGUCUACGUUGCUGAUAUUACGGAAAGAAUCGCACUGCCCGGCUUAGCAUUCUUCUUCCAUGACCCAGUCCGUGUUUCCUCAGCCAAAUUGAUUCCUCAGUUGUUGGGCUCCUACAAAAAGCGAUAUGGCGAUCAGUCGCCGGAACUUCGAGACCUGUGGGCCAAAUGUUGCGACAAAGAGAUCGAGAUUCUUAGCGCCGAACCCUCAAUCGACACGCUUGCGGAGAUGUUCCAAUGCUUUUAUGAAAGUGUUGAGGUGGUUGGCAAGAAUUCCUUGACACAGGAACACCUCGAGCAAUUUAUCCAAUCUGUCAAAUCUACAUUGGAAGAGUAUCAGAAACGAGUACAAGAUCGUGCCGAUGAGAAGGCGGAAUAUGCUCAACAAGUCGCCGAAGAUGAUGAGGACUCACUUUCAGUCCAAUAUGCCAUCGAGGAUGACCAGACCCUGCUUUCAGACAUGAAUAAGGCUUUCCAUACCAUCUUCAAAAACAUGGCCGUCAACUUCCUGCCUGCUUGGCAAAGGUUGAUGCCGUUUUAUGAUGCCUUCAUUACAUCAUCUGAUCCUACACAGCGCCAAUGGGCAAUCUGUAUCAUGGAUGAUGUGUUGGAAUUCUGUGGUGAGCAGUCAUGGCAAUAUAGCGACCACAUUAUCCAGCCACUUAUCAACGGGAUGAGGGAUGAGAACGCUGCAAAUCGACAGGCAGCGGCAUAUGGUGUUGGUAUCGCUGCACAGAAAGGCGGCGAUCAAUGGUCCGACUUUGUUGCUGCGAGCGUGGAGACUUUGUUGCAAAUCACUCGAGUCCCCAAUGCACGAAGCGAAGCGGAGGUGUUUGCGACUGAAAAUGCAUGCGCGGCUAUUGCGAAGAUCUUGCACAGUAACUCAUCGAAAGUCCAGAACCCACAACAAGUGGUUGAACAAUGGCUUGACACCUUACCAAUUGUCAAUGACGAGGAAGCCGCACCUUACGCCUACACUUUCCUCGCACAAUUGAUAGACCAACAACAUCCAGCGGUAUUCGCCAAAGCACAACAAGCUUUCCACCAUAUUGCUCUAGCACUUGAAGCGGAAAUGAUUCAGGGACAAACAGCCAAGAAAGUUGCGGAGAGUGCGAAGCAAAUGGUCACGCAGACGGGCAUUAAUGCCGACCAAAUCUUGCAGACCUUGUCACCUGACGGCCAAACCACAGUUCGAAGCUUCUUUUCGUGA